AGUAGAGAGAAGAGUAUCAUGAACCAGGAGAACCAGAGCAACGUGUCUGAAUUUCUCCUCCUGGGACUCCCCAUCCCACCUGAGCAGCAGGCCAUGUUCUUUGCCCUGUUCCUGGGCAUGUACCUGACCACGGUGCUGGGGAACCUGCUCAUCAUCCUGCUCAUCCGACUGGACUCUCGCCUCCACACCCCCAUGUACUUCUUCCUCAGCCACUUGGCCCUCACUGACAUCUCCUUCUCAUCGGUCACUGUCCCUAAGAUGCUGAUGAACAUGCAGAGUGAAUAUCAAUCUAUAACUUAUGCAGAGUGCAUAGCACAGAUGUAUUUUUUCAUAUUCUUUACUGACCUGGACAGCUUCCUUCUCACUUCAAUGGCCUAUGAUCGAUAUGUGGCCAUUUGCCACCCUCUUCUUUAUACCACCAUCAUGAGGGAGGGACUGUGUGUCUUUCUAGUAGCUGUAUCCUGGAUCUUCUCCUGUGCCAGUGCCCUUUCCCACACCCUUCUUCUGGCACAGCUGUCUUUUUGUAGACAGAAUACCAUCCCCCAUUUCUUCUGUGACCUUGGGGCCCUGCUCAAGCUCUCCUGCUCAGAUACAUCUCUCAAUGAACUGGUCAUUUUCACAGUAGGUGUGGUUGUCAUUACACUCCCACUGAUAUGUAUCUUAGUCUCAUAUGGCCGGAUUGGGGCCGCCAUCAUGAAGGUUCCAUCUACCAAGGGGAUCUGCAAAGCCUUGUCCACCUGUGGCUCCCACCUUUCUGUAGUUUCUCUAUAUUAUGGAACAAUUAUUGGGCUGUAUUUCAUCCCUUCAUCCAGCACUUCCCAUAACAAGGACAUAAUUGCUUCUAUGAUGUACACAGUGGUCACUCCAUUGUUGAACCCUUUCAUUUAUAGCCUAAGGAACAGAGACAUGAAAGGGGCCCUUGAGAAACUUUUUAACAAAGUCACAGUUUCAUCUCAGUGA